UAUGCUGACUUGAACCUGACUGAAUCAACCAGGCCCCGACCACAGAAUCUCACUGAUGUCCAAGGUUCUGUGUAUGUGGAAGUGAAAAUUCAAUCCCUAGACACAAAUGCUGCAGCUAGUUACACACUGUCGGAUCCUAGUUGUCACACAGACACCAUAAACUUCAAAGAUAGCAUAAGGGGUAAAUGCUGUUGCUCCAGAACAUGUGUCGCUGUAUUGGUUGCUGUGAUAACCCUGCUACUGGUCUUAGCGGUGUGUUUGAUACUCAGGUUGACUUUUUCUGGGAAUCAGAAGCCUUCUGUGGAGCACAAAUCCCUCACAACCACUGUGUCAGAAGAGGAAAAUCAAGGCUAUUUCAGUCUGGACCAUCCAACUGCAAGCAGCCCUCCUGACUCAGAAACAUUCUCCACCACCUAUGAAGAGGCACUAGACUGCCCCCCAUGUUGGAAAAAAAAUGGGAAAAAAUGCUACUUCUUUUCUGAAAAGAUGGAAAAAAAAGACUGGAACGCCUCCCGUAAAGAAUGUACUGACAUGAAUUCAGACUUGGUGGUCAUUGACGACAAGGAAGAAAUGGACUAUCUUCUUUCACAAUCAAGAGGUCGGUACUACUUACUUGGUCUCACGUACUCUACGAGCGAGAAAAAGUGGAAGUGGAUUAACAACGUGGGAUAUAGAGAAGACACGUUUACAGGAGUCACCUAUGUUGAUUAUUUAUGCGCUGUCAUUGGAAAUAAGACAGUAGAAACUGCACCUUGCUAUGGAUCCUCAACCACACAAAAUAUGUGUGAAAAAGCUGCAGAUAUUUCAGAAUAG